AAUUCUAACCAAUAGCGUGUCACCGCAGGGGACGCAACCUCUUCUGAUUGGUGUACAACCAGGAAUAUUCCAGAACAUCCUCGUGACGUCGAAUGACGCACCACGCCCGCAUAUAAACUCCUUGCUCUAAAACGGAACCAAGUUUACCGGUUUAAUUUGUGAAUUGAAGCCGUCAAUCGCGCACCUCUGUUUGCUGAGUUUGUUCUGCGAACAAGACUAGACUGAUUUUAUUGUAACACAUAAGUAAUACAAAAUGGCGAAGGCACCAGCAGUGGGUAUUGAUUUGGGCACCACGUACUCGUGCGUGGGCGUGUUCCAGCACGGUAAGGUGGAGAUCAUCGCCAACGACCAGGGCAACAGGACAACGCCGUCGUAUGUUGCCUUCACGGACACCGAGCGCCUCAUCGGUGAUGCCGCCAAGAACCAGGUGGCGAUGAACCCUAACAACACUAUUUUCGAUGCAAAACGUCUUAUCGGACGUAAAUUCGAAGAUGCCACGGUACAAGCCGACAUGAAACACUGGCCUUUCGAGGUUGUCAGUGAUGGAGGUAAACCUAAAAUUAAGGUGGCAUACAAGGGUGAAGACAAAACAUUCUUCCCUGAGGAAGUCAGCUCCAUGGUGCUCACAAAAAUGAAGGAAACCGCCGAAGCCUACCUCGGCAAAACGGUGCAGAAUGCAGUAAUCACGGUUCCAGCGUACUUCAACGACUCACAGAGACAGGCCACCAAAGAUGCCGGUACCAUCUCCGGCCUGAAUGUUCUCCGUAUCAUCAACGAACCGACCGCUGCUGCGAUUGCGUACGGCCUUGACAAGAAGGGUAGUGGAGAACGAAACGUAUUGAUUUUUGACCUUGGUGGUGGUACCUUCGAUGUGUCCAUCCUGACCAUCGAGGAUGGUAUCUUCGAAGUGAAAUCCACCGCCGGUGACACCCACUUGGGAGGUGAAGACUUCGACAACCGUAUGGUCAACCACUUCGUACAGGAAUUCAAGAGGAAAUACAAGAAGGACCUCACCACCAACAAGAGGGCGCUCAGGCGUCUUCGCACCGCCUGCGAGAGGGCGAAGAGGACCCUGUCCUCUUCCACACAGGCGAGCAUUGAAAUCGACUCCCUGUUCGAAGGUAUUGACUUCUACACCUCGAUCACCCGUGCUCGUUUCGAGGAGCUGAACGCCGAUCUGUUCAGGUCCACGAUGGAGCCCGUAGAGAAGUCUCUCCGUGAUGCAAAGAUGGACAAGUCCCAAAUCCACGACAUCGUACUUGUGGGCGGUUCCACUCGUAUCCCCAAGGUGCAGAAGCUCCUGCAAGACUUCUUCAAUGGAAAGGAGCUUAACAAAUCCAUCAACCCCGACGAGGCCGUCGCCUAUGGUGCGGCUGUCCAGGCUGCCAUUCUGCACGGUGACAAGUCUGAGGAGGUGCAGGACUUGCUCCUGCUCGACGUGACCCCGUUGUCGCUCGGUAUCGAGACUGCUGGCGGUGUCAUGACCACCCUCAUUAAGCGUAACACCACCAUUCCGACGAAGCAGACGCAGACCUUUACCACCUACUCGGACAACCAGCCCGGUGUACUCAUCCAAGUAUUCGAGGGUGAGCGUGCCAUGACCAAGGAUAACAACUUGCUCGGCAAAUUCGAACUUACCGGCAUCCCACCGGCGCCCCGUGGCGUGCCCCAGAUCGAGGUGACGUUCGACAUCGACGCCAACGGUAUCCUUAACGUGUCCGCUGUCGAGAAAUCUACCAACAAGGAGAACAAGAUCACCAUCACCAACGACAAGGGCCGUCUUUCUAAGGAGGAGAUCGAGCGCAUGGUCAAUGAGGCUGAGAAAUACAGGAACGAGGACGAGAAGCAGAAGGAGACCAUCCAGGCCAAGAACGCUCUGGAAUCGUACUGCUUCAACAUGAAGUCCACCAUGGAAGAUGAGAAGCUCAAGGACAAGAUCUCGGACUCCGACAAGCAAACUAUCCUAGAUAAGUGCAACGACACGAUCAAGUGGCUAGACUCGAACCAGCUCGCCGACAAGGAGGAGUAUGAACACAAGCAGAAGGAGCUCGAAGGCAUCUGCAACCCGAUCAUCACCAAGCUGUACCAGGGUGCAGGAGGCAUGCCUGGCGGUAUGCCCGGAGGCAUGCCAGGCUUCCCCGGCGGAGCUCCCGGAGCCGGAGGCGCGGCUCCCGGCGGCGGCGCCGGACCCACCAUCGAGGAGGUCGACUAAACACAUUCCAAUAUAACACCAUUUCGAUUCAAUAUCUUUACGCCUCUUGAUUCGAAUAAAUGAUUGCAACUUA